GGGCCGGACCCUCUGAGGCGGCGGCGCAGGGAGCGGGCUGCGGGGUCGCGGCGGCGGCGAGAGGGCGGCGGGAGCGCGCGGCGCCCCUAACCUCCAGCCGCGAGAGCGCGCCGGCACCCGCCCGCCGGGCCGGCUGGCCUCGAUGUCCGGCGCCGAGGAGGCCGGCGGGGGCGGCCCGGCCGCGGGGCCCGCCGGCGCCGUGCCGGCCGGGGCCGGGGCGGGGGCGGGGGGGGCCGGGGCCGGGGUCGGGGCCGGGCCCGGGGCGGCCGCGGGGCCGGCGGCGGCGGCGGCGCUGGGAGAGGCGGCGGGGCCCGGGCUCCCGGACGAGGCGGGCCUGGCGGGCGCCCGGCAGCUGCAGGAGGCGGCCGGCGACCCCGACGCGCCGCCCAAGAAGCGGCUGCGGGCGGCCGAAGCGGCCGAGGCGGCGGCGGCGGCGGCGGCGGCGGGCAGCGGGAAGCUGGAGGAGCGGCUCUACUCGGUGCUGUGCUGCACCGUCUGCCUGGACCUGCCCAAGGCCUCCGUGUACCAGUGUACUAACGGUCACUUGAUGUGCGCUGGCUGUUUUAUCCACCUACUAGCAGAUGCCCGGCUGAAGGAGGAGCAGGCCACAUGCCCCAACUGUCGAUGUGAGAUCAGUAAGAGCCUCUGCUGCCGCAACCUGGCUGUGGAGAAAGCCGUGAGCGAGCUGCCCUCCGAGUGUGGCUUCUGCCUGCGCCAGUUUCCCCGCUCCCUUCUGGAGAGGCAUCAAAAAGAGGAGUGCCAGGACAGGGUGACCCAGUGCAAGUACAAGCGCAUCGGCUGCCCAUGGCACGGCCCCUUCCAUGAGCUGACAGUGCACGAGGCUGCAUGUGCCCACCCAACCAAGACGGGCAACGAGCUGAUGGAGAUCCUGGACGAGAUGGAUCAGAGCCAUCGCAGGGAGAUGCAGCUCUACAACAGCGUCUUCAGCCUGCUCAGCUUUGAGAAGAUCGGCUACACAGAGGUCCAGUUCCGGCCGUACCGCACCGACGACUUCAUCACGCGCCUGUACUAUGAGACGCCGAGGUUCACAGUGCUGAACCAGACGUGGGUUCUGAAGGCGCGCGUGAAUGACUCAGAGCGCAACCCCAACCUGUCCUGCAAGCGCACGCUCUCCUUCCAGCUCCUCCUCAAGAGCAAGGUCACGGCACCCCUAGAGUGCUCCUUCCUGCUGCUCAAGGGCCCUUACGACGACGUGAAGAUCAGCCCCGUCAUCUACCACUUCGUCUUCACCAACGAGAGCAACGAGACGGACUACGUGCCGCUGCCCAUCGUCGACUCCGUGGAGUGCAACAAGCUGCUGGCCGCCAAGAACAUCAACCUGCGGCUCUUCCUGUUCCAGAUACAGAAGUAGGCGGCACUGCUGUGCUGCCCACACCUGCCUGGCAGUGGCUUCACAGUGCUCUCUGACCAUUUUAGUAAAGGAGGAAGGAACAGAAGCGAAUGUUGGGAAAGUCUGCAUGUGUGUGCGACAGUGUGAGCGCUCUGCCUUGCCCUCCGCCGGCCCUCCGCCCCGCCUCCCCUAUCCUGGCGCCUAGGCUGGGCCACCUGCAGAGGAGACGGCGGCUCAGGGAGCCCCCAGCGCGCAGCGAGGUGCACGACCCGCUCUGGGCCGGGCUCAGGCGAGCUGACUUCAGACGGCAUAUUUGAUUGCAAUUAAAAAGGCACCUUGUUUGCUACUUUCUGUUUUGUUCAAGGGGAAGGCAUGGCUGUGAUUGGACAGCGUGGGAGCUUUGGUUUGGCCUCUGGGUCAGAGCCUACCCAUCCCUGUUACUGCAUCUCAAUAUGCCCCCAGGAGAGACUUGGAGAUGCUGCCCCCUCUGUCCUGCUCCCUACAGGCCUGGUCAGGGGGCGGGCAGGCUUGGGGGUCUUGCAGCAGUCCCAGCGCACCCCCCAGCCACUCCAGGGAGGCAGGACUUGGCCACCAGGGCUCAGCAGACAUUUCGGAAUGCAGGGUGAAAUUCUGUCUCUUCCUAGGAAAAAAAUUAAACUCUUUACAGGCUCUUCUAUAAGGUAUACAAAUUUAGAGAGAGAAUCUAUUUUCUGUAUUCAGCCUGGAGGGUGCAGCGUCCCCAGGCUGUGAGGAAGGCUCUGGGGGCCGCUGGUGGUGAGUGAGCCUGGCUGGGUGAGGGGCCGAGUGGGCCAGCCACCCCAUGCUGUUCUCAGGGACCAGCUGCUGGCCCUGCAUCCUGGGGUCUGCUGCAGAGGUCAGUGCUUGGAGAGGCUGGUUUCUCACCUGAGGGAGGCAGGCUCUUUCCAGCCUUGACUUUGCAGCCCUGGCCCCAGGACUGCAGUGAGCAGGCCUGAUGUGUGGGCCUCACAGGGUGGGAAGGAGCCUUGCCUGGAGAACCCCAGAUCCCUUGGAGCUACUGGGAAGGGGAGAGCUUAGCCACCACCCCCCUUGCUUAGGAGACGUGGCUCUUCUGUGAUAGUUUUUCAUUGCUUCAAUACCAAAGAACCGUUUCCUUUGUCCAUGUCCAGGCCCACCCCAUGCCUCAGAGCAGGCCCCCCCCGCCCCCCACUGCCAGCCUGGUCCCCCAGUGCCCGGACGCUGUAAAAUCGGCGGGCAGGGCAGCCCUGGCAGCAAGAGUGCAGAGGUGCAGGCCUGGCCUCUCUGAGGGUUCCUUCUACUGGCCCUCAAGUCAGGGGCUGAGAAGUGGGGGGAAGGAGCUGUGAGGUAGAGCAGGAGCCUCACCCCAGAUUCUAGUGGCCAAGACAGCCCUCUGAGUCAGUUCUACCCCAGGGCGGCUCCCCAAGUUCUUCCGAGAAGCCUGUUUAGCUUUCUGUUCCCAGCCCAGGGCACGGGGCUUGCAAGGGAUCCCCCUCCUGCAGGGUCAACUCUGCCUGGCCACUGAGGGGAUCUGGAGGUGCUAUGCUUAGUUCUCUGCUCUCUACAAAGAAAGACCCUAGCCCAGCCCCCAGCACACCGUUGGGGGCAGCGAUCUCCGACUUGGGCACAGCCUGGCGGGAGUCCCACUGCCCUCAGGUCUGCCCCCAGCUGGCGGGCACAGAGGAUGACAUUCAGGUAGACACGUAUGGGGCCUUGUAUGUAGAGGAUGGCACGUGUCACUGCAUCUCCGUGUCUCAGGAACUGACAUCUAUGUAGAGUUUCUGGAUUUCAAAGUGACCAUGUUGCAAGGAGAGCCGGGAGAGGGGCAGGCUUGCCCAGACACGUGCGUUUGGGUGCUUGUGUGAGAGACUGAGUCAGCAAAAGGUUGGGCCCCUGGCGGCUCUCUUGGGGUGGGGCAGGGUGGGAGGUAGCAGAUCUCUGUGCAAGUGAAGGUAUGUGGCUGCCCAAGGGGGCUGGGCAGGGGACCACAAGGAGGGAGAAACCAGGGCCAGCUAAGCCCCCUCAGCCCUGUCUCCUCAGCCCUGGGGCUAGCAGCCCUGCAUUUGUGGGGCCGGGGGCAGGAGGGGCUGGGCUCUGUGGCACGAGGGUCAGCUAUGUGCCAGGGGCGCACAGCCCACUACUUCCAGCAGCCCAAGGGCAUGUGUUGGAGUGGGGUGGCACCCAGGUGAGGCCCUUCCUCUAGGAGUGUGGGUGUGUGUUUGGGGGUGCCUGAGAGGACUGCCAAUACAUCCCAGCAUCGCCAUCCCCAGCAAGGCCCCCACCCUUUGACGGUCACCUCAGCAGCUGAGCCUUACAAUCUGGCGGAGCCAGGCAUCCUGGGAAGUUGUAGUGCACCUCCAUCACCACUGGGGGCUGGCGCCACAAACCUUUGCAGCAUCUCACUUUGGGUCAUUGAUUUACUGGGUGAUGUCCCAUCAGUGUUGUUAGAAAGAAGAUAGCAGUGGUCUGUCUCCAUGACCCAUGCCAUCUUGGCAUCCUGACCUGGAGAAAGUGGGGCUUCACUCUCAGCAGAUGUUGGGGGAGGCCUGGUGGCACAAGCCAAGCCAGGUUUCCUCUCCUCACCCCCACUCCCCUGUGAGCACUACAUCCCUCAGUUCACCCAAAAUGAGACAUUUACAAAACUAAUAAAAAUAAUUUUUUAAAGAGC